AUGAUUUCUAAUGCAAUUUCAGAUUUAGAUGCAACCAAAAUUGUGAUCCCUGGAGGGUGCACAAAGUAUUUGCAACCACUUGACGCACUGGUAAUUGCAAAUUUCAAAUCAAAAACAACAGAUUUCAGAAUCAAAUUCCAAACAGAGCAGAUUGAAAGAAGAUCGAAAAGAACUGGAAACCUCAAAGCUCUUGAUCGCCAGCAACUGAUAAACAUUGCUUCAAAGGCGUGAGAUGCUGUAAGCCCUCAACUUGUCAGAAAAUCAUUUGAGUUGACGGGUUCUUAUGGCGUUAAUCAUCCAAAGAUUUUUCAGCCAUCAAGUUAA